GCUUUAUAAUGACACUGCCACCUUUAGAGCACCAUGCCAUCACCAACAAAUUAAAGAGAAGCUUCCCAUGAAAUUUUGUGAUGUUUUAGGUUUACAGUACCAUCUAGUGCUUAGAGAAAAAACUACAUUUGUGUUUUUUCCAGGAGAAAAGAUAUCAAAGCAGUUGAUGUCUUGUUUUUCUAAACCAGCUGUGGUAAAAUCACAAAAUUGAGCAGUAAGAAAAGGAACAAAAAAACAAUCUUGUCAAAGUGGAAUGAAGAUGUGUAUAUACAUUUUUAUGAACAAAAAGCCUUUUCACUAGGAAUUUCAUUUUGAUGCAAUGCAUUGCAUACAACAAAACUGUGUUUCUUCAUAUCCUUUGUUGCACCAAGCACCUUAUCAUUAUGACCCGUGGGUGUUGAUGUUUUCACUUUUGUUGCCCUUGUACUUCUGGUUCAGUGCUGUCCAAACGUGGAAAUGCUGUUCUAUUCAAAUGAAACAAGUUUACAAAUAACGUUUCGUCUAAAUUACAACUCUCGCUUCUUUGAGCAUUUAAAGGAAACAUUUUUGAAGUAAGAGACAAAAGUGGCCCAGUAGGAUCGAACGCUAACAAAUACUUCUGUCAUUGUGUUUUGUGUGCCAGAGCUAGAUGAAAUAUAAGACUACCAAAAAAGUUUUAUCUAAAUUUCACACAAACCCAGUCCUACUGGUUUCGUAUCCCUAUUGAUGUUUUUCACAACCCCCACAGGACUCGUACCUGUACGUUCAGAAGAUGCUUAUGUAACACCCAAAAUUGCAGUGUGACAGUGGAAGUUGAAACACAUGAGAAGUGUGGCAGGAAAUGUGAUGCUAGGCGCUCAUGUGUCAACACAGAGGCCUGUCAUGAGCUAGGAACUUCCUUUCAACAGCAGUGGUCAAUCUGAAACGUAGUCACAUGUGGCGUGGUGCGUUUUAAAUUUUAAUGUUCCCUGUUGAUAGUGCCCCCCCCGCCAUAGAGGUUUCAGCCUGUUGCCUUCAUCAGCUGUUGCGGGUUCUACCUUUCCAAAAUGUAUGGAAGUAUUAUGUGUACUUUUCCAUUUCUUCAUGUUUUUAUGAAAACAUUUAUUCAUUCAGGGAAGUUUCUCUGAGAGAAAGCUUCUUUUUAGCAGGAACUCCCCGAUCACAGUCACACCUGGAAGCUGCCCUUUACAGCCACAGUUUGAGCAGCUCCACUGGAGUAGUUUGGCUGAAGGGUACAUCAGUGGUGGGAUUAGACCGACGACCUCCGCCACACACUUACUAUAUAAACAAGGGCAACAAAUAAACAGGAUAUGAAAUCAGAAUAAAGUGAUUAUUCAUCCGGUGUCUAUUUUAAAUUCAUAAACAUUACGUGAACUAAUGGUUUCUGUUUUCAUUUUGCGUACGGUGUGACAGCAUGUCUCAUGACAGAUGAUUCAGAAAAUCUGACAUGAGGUUUAGGGAAGGCAUUUUGGUUUAGGAAUAACCAAACAAUAACAUGAUUCUGGUCACUACCGAUUUAUCAACAACCUCCUAACAUAAAGAGAAAAUAAUUGCUGGGAGUUACAAAAAUAUUAGAAAAAAAUAAAGAUAAAAAGUUUUUUAAAAAACAGCUUUAAUUUAGAAGUUAUUACAUAAAUAAAUGUGGGAUUGGAAAACUAAUUGUAUGCUUGCCUAGUAAUAUAGUUGCAGCCCUAUACAAGCACUGUGUAUAAUGUGUGACUAAUAAUUAAACAGUAAAUAUUACUGGAUCAGGUUUAUCACAUGUACAGAAAUAAAACAUAGGGGCGCUUUAACAUAUUGUAUUUUAAAUAUGUGAUACAUUUGCUUUGGUGAAUUUGAAAAUCAUAUCUUCCUGUUCUUUCUUGAGCAAAUCAAAAUCUGUAGAUGAGGUAGACAGGACCCAUGGUUAUUGAGAUGGGAGGAGUGUAGAGAAAUACACUUUUUGUUUGUUCCUCAUCUCCCUUGUCACACGCUCAUUGCCUCCUACAAAGAAGACUGAAUGAUCCAACUAUGUCUCCUUUUACCAUGGACUUUGGACUUGCAUAUGAUGAACUCAACUUUACUUAUAACGACUCAGGGUUCACCCUAAACCCCGAUACGCAGCCAUGCCACUUCUCCAUCCCAGAUGCGGUGACCUUUGCUGUCAGUGCGUUUUACAUCCUCAUCUUUCUGCUGGCCAUUCCUGGAAAUCUGGUCGUGGCAGUGGUGAUUUCCCUUUCCAAGCAGUCGCUGUCUCCCUCUGACCUCUAUCUCCUCCACCUGGCAGUGGCCGACCUCAUUCUGGCCACCACUCUCCCAUUCUGGGCCACCUCUGUUACGCAGGGUUGGGUGUUUGGAGACGCCAUGUGCAAAAUCAUGACCAUCCUCCAAGAGCUGAGCUUCUACUCGAGCAUUCUCUUCCUGACUUGCAUCAGCAUGGACCGUUACAUGGUGAUUGUGCGAGCUAUGGAGACUCGCAGGGCUAACCGGCAGCUAGCCAGCUUGGGAGUUUGUGCUGCUGUCUGGGCUGUUGGAGCGCUUCUGUCUCUGCCGGGGCUGUUCACUUCUGCUAGACCUUCUCAUUCCUCCAGUCAGACUGUGUGUACAGAUGCAUAUGAUCCCAAAACAGCUAACAAUUGGAGGCUGGGCACCAGAAUUCUCCGCCACACUUUGGGUUUUCUUAUCCCCUUGGCCAUCAUGCUGCCCUGUUACGGAGUAACCAUCCGCCGCCUCCUUAACAUCCGUGGGGGGUUUCAGCGGCAACGAGCCAUGAGAGUGAUUGUGUUCGUGGUUGUUGCCUUCCUGCUUUGUUGGACACCGUACCACAUUGCGGUGAUGGCAGACACAUUUUUCAGGUUGAACAUAGUGCCGUACCGGUGCCCAGCAAGGAUGGCAGUGGAUCAGGCCAUGUUCACCACCCAGAGUCUGGGCCUGCUUCACAGUUGUGUCAACCCAGUCCUGUAUGCUUUUGUGGGAGAGAAGUUCAGGAGGAGGCUGUUUCAGAUCCUGAAGAAGAUGGGCAUCUUGAAGAGAACAUCAAUAGCAAGAAGCAGCAGGUCUUCGCUGUCAUCAGAAAUCACAUCCACGUUCAUGUGAGAACACCAAAGAGACGCUUCUGGACUCUCUGCAUGAGUUAAUACAUCAGUGCUGAUGUUAUGGACUCAAGUUGCCUUCAACAUUUCUCCAAAUUUGUAAAUGUGUUUUCAAGCUUUGUUAUAUUUUAUUUUUUUACUUUCAAAAAAUCUUGUUUAACUUGGUUUUGGUUUCACUCCGGCAAGUUAGGCUGCACAUGUCAACAUCAUAUUUUUGUGGUUACCCAUUUAAAUCCCCUCGCCCUCCUCAGUCACGUCUCAUUCUGAAGAAACUGUGGAAAACAUGUUUUUCAAGUGUGACAAUAUUUCAACACAGCAAUACCAUGUCACAACACCAAGACAAAACAUCCGCUGAUGGACACCUAGAGAUGCAGGAUCUUGAGUUACGAAAAUUCAGUGUUAGAUGUUGAACCGAUGUCAUUAAGUAUAGCAUUUGAAUGUGGAUAAUUAAAAUGAAUUUAAAUUUCCAAACUAAUGUGACUGUCCUUUGAAAGAGGGUUUUACUUCCAGCUCAAUUUUAUUGCACGGACUGCAGCAGAAACAUGAAACUAUCUUGUACAUUACUAUAUAUCUCCAUCCAUGUUUUUAUUUUAAUGUAUUUACAUUUUUUUUGUAACCUCUUUGAGGUUUAUGUAUAUUUAGCUGAACGCUGCAGGUUUUCAUUCACAUGCCAAACUAUAUGCAGUGUCUGUAUAGUUGCAAUCAUCAAUAAAGUGUUCUAUAAACACGUA